AUGGGCGCCUCUGCUCAGAGCAGCGGCUCUCCUACAACUCAAACAGCGUCUUCAGCUACCAGCUCGGCCGCCACUACUCAUACGGUUCUUGUGGGGAAAGCAGAUCAUAAGUUUGAACCGGACGUUACACAGGCGCUGGUGGGCGACUUUGUCAAGUUCCAAUUUUACCCAAAUAAUCACUCUGUCGUUCGCGCCGAGUACGGGUAUCCAUGUAUUCCUUAUGAGAUGACUGGCGUGGGAAAGGCUGGGUUUUACUCUGGGUUUAAGCCAGUGGAUGUAAUACUGGACGACCCGCCAUCCUAUACAGUUCGGAUCAAUGACACUGAUCCAAUCUUCUUUUACUGCUCUGCUCCUGGGUCAUGCAUCAACUAUGAAAUGGUUGGGGUGAUAAACCCGAACAAAUCCACAUCGCUGGAGGUUCAGAAGCAAAAGGCUGGCGACAGCUCCUUUUCGUUGAGUCCCGGUGAAAAGUUCCCGGACGAAGCGGCUUCAUCAUCAGUUCUGUCGGGAGCAGCAUCGGCAACUGCGAGCUCGAAAUCAACAGCGGCAGCGGCUGGCGGUCACUCGAGCAGCCUCUCUGGAGGGGCCAUCGCUGGUAUUGUUAUCGGGGCCUUCGCGGUGAUUGCCAUCAUGGCUGCUUUGUUCUUUUACGUUGGCCGCACCAAGUCUUUGAAAGAGAAGGUGAAGCGUCAAUCGAUUUCAAUGAGUCCCCACGCAGCGGCGGGCAGCCCGCCCAUGUUCCAGUCGCCAGUCGGCAUGUUCCCGCAGAACAGCCCCUACCUCCAGCGGUCUAACAUGGGCGGCGGCGGCCCGCCAUCGUACUCGCCGGCCGGCGAUGAGUACAGCACAGGGCAGUCCGGGGGCCAUCCGCGGUCGUACUUCACCGAGGUUGGCAUGUAUCCGCACCACAAUGCCAUGGUGUCAGACGGGUUCGUACAGCUUUCGUCGAGUCCGAACGCUUAUUUCGCAAGGCUGAUGCAAGGACGCAGCGUCUCGAGAUCGUCCAAUACGGGCAGCCCACCGCCGCCGGCGUCGUCUCCACCCCCACCUCUGCCGUCCCCGGUCCCCAAGAAGCCUCAAGUGCACGAGAUGGCGGGCUGA